AACACAAGAGUGCUCUGGUAGCACUGGUUCUUAACCUCACUUUUCGUCACGGCUGUGCACGUAUGACACGUGACAAAUUGAAAUAGUUUGUUGAUCUAUAAACGUGUUUAAACAGUGUUAUAUAGCUGUUAAAAGUUAGUGCAAGAACCUUAAUAAAAUGGCGAAGUUUUGUUUAAAAAAACAGAGCAAGCGGAUGCCAGCUCGCAAAAGAUAUAAAAUUGAGAAGAAAGUUCGUGAACACAACCGAAAGUUGAAAAAAGCAGCUAAGAAGCAACCAAAAAAGAAACAGAAGGUGAUACAAGUCCCAAACCAAUGUCCUUUCAAGGAAGACAUACUCAAACAGGUAGAAACUAUGAAGAAACAGCACGAAGAAGAAAAACAGAAGCAACGUGAAGCUGCUCGUGAAAAAAAGCGACGGGAGCUGGCUAAAGGUGGAUUGCAAGGAUUAGUUUCUGCAGCAGAGGAUAAACAGUCACAGCAUCAAGAGAUGGAAGUUGAUGGUGUACACGAGAAGAUAAAGAAUGCCUUAGCCAAAGAAGAAAAUUCCCUGAAAGCUUACUACAAAGAGUUUAAGAAAGUCUUAGAUGCAGCCGAUGUUAUCCUAGAAAUUGUUGAUGCUAGAGAUCCUUUAGGAACCAGAUGUAAAGAGGUCGAGGAAGCAGUGCGAUCGGCAAAAGGGAAUAAGAGAUUAGUAAUUGUUCUAAACAAAGCAGACUUGGUACCCAGGGAAAAUUUAGAUCAGUGGUUGAAAUAUUUGCGUGGUAGUUUACCAGCUGUUGCAUUUAAAGCGUCUACACAGGUUCAAGCGAAAAGAUUGGGCAGGAGAAAAUUGGGGAAAAAGACAGAGAGCAUGAUACAGGGUGGUACAUGCUUCGGUGCAGAGUUACUUCUGUCUUUACUGGCAAACUAUUGUAGGAACGUUGGUAACGUUAAAACCAGUAUUAGAGUGGGAAUUGUCGGGCUCCCGAAUGUUGGCAAAUCUAGUGUAAUUAAUUCUUUGAAACGUAGCAGAGCUUGCAGUGUGGGUAGCACACCUGGAGUAACGAAAGCGAUGCAAGCGGUGCAAUUAGAUUCGAAAAUAAAAUUGUUAGACUCACCGGGUAUAGUUUUCGCUGACCGUACGGAGAAUGCGGACGAAUCUUCGGUGGCGUUGAAGAAUGCCGUAAGAAUUCAAUCGCUCAGAGAUCCGCACACACCGGCGACAGCGAUUUUGAAGAGGGUAUCCAAGCCGCAAAUAAUGGAAUUAUACGACAUACCAGAAUUCUCCACACCCGACGAAUUUUUCGCGCUAAAAGCGACUCGAAUGGGGAAGUUCCGGAAGGGGGGUAUACCUGACAUCACCGCGGCUGCGCGUAGCGUUCUAGAGGACUGGAACUCCGGGAAAAUUAGAUAUUACACCGUACCACCCGAAGAGCCAGUGUGCCACGUGUCAGCGGAAAUACUCAGUGAAAUCAGUAAAGAAUUUGAAAUCGAAAAUUUCGCCGCGGAAGAGAAAAUGAUGCUCGACACCUUCGAGGAAGAAGUCGCUAAAAAAUCGACGAUCGAUCCAUUGUUGAUUGAAAGUACUGGCCCAGUGGUGUCUGCGAUGGAAAUUGAAAAGCAAAAGGAGGCACAAAUCAAAAUACAAAAGAGACUGAAGAAAAAAAUGGAGAACGCGAAGAGGUUCAGUGACGAGGCUAGAAAAAAGAAAACGGAUCCGUUGUUGGACCUCGAGGGCAAUCAGAAGUUGAAUAAGCUGAAUAAACUGGCGUUUAAAAAAGAGAAAAAGGAACGGGCCAGAAGAGAAAAAGUAGCAGUGCAGUUGGCCGGACAAUUAGAAGGAUUCAACCUCACCGCUCCCGACGAUUACGAUUUCAGCACAGAUUUCGUCGAAAAGAAAUAAACCUUAUAUGCAUUGCGUUCGUGUGUAUAAUGUAAAUAACAAGCGACUUGUGGACUAAUAAAACUUUUUUUAGGAAUG